CCCCUCGACGAUGCUCCAGAGGAGGAGAAGUGUGCACCCAGUGGAUCUGAGGGGACCACAGAUGAGUCGCCGCAGCCAGAUGCCAGAUGAAGACGGAUCCGCGCACGACGAGCAGGAUGAUUUCCCGGCACGAUUAUGGAUUUAAUUCGGUUUCUUCAUUUUGAAAUACUUGCCUGCACGAUUCUCAUCGCAUCUCUGUUUGUGAUAGAUGGUGCAUCUGCCGACAGGCUGCCUCCGACCGUGGACCCGUGCUCAUCCAACCCGUGCCAAAACAGGGCAAUAUGUAGAAGCCGCAGGGACGGCUUCUCGUGCUUCUGUGUGCCGGGGUUCCAGGGGUCUCGCUGUCAGAUCGAUGUGAACGAGUGUGCCUCACAGCCCUGCGGCAACGGAGCCACCUGUGUGGACGGAGUGGGUUCCUUCUCCUGCCUGUGCUCGCCGGGGUUCACCGGGGCCACUUGUGGGGUCCAGAUUGACGAGUGUCAAUCACGGCCGUGCCUCAGUGGCGGCGGCUGCCAUGGCUACGUCGGUGGCUUCACUUGCACCUGCCUGCCCGGUUACCGAGGGCAACGCUGCGAAAUAAACAUCGACGAGUGCCAAGAGGCGCCGUGCCAAAAUGGGGCUCCGUGUAUGGACGGGGUGAAUGAAUACAGCUGUGACUGCUCUCACACAGCCUUCACAGGCGCACACUGUGAGACACCAGUACCACCGUGCCACUCCGAACCCUGCUUCAACAGCGCCACCUGCAAGGACGGUCGGGGCAACUACACCUGUGAAUGCUGGCCAGGGUUUGAGGGGCACCAGUGUGAGAUAGACGUCAGCGAGUGUAGCAGCGGCCCCUGCGCGCACGGGGGCCACUGCAUCGAGAGGUCGUGGCGGGCCCUGUACGGCAGCGAGCCUCUGCUGCCCGAGCACUAUGACCAGCAGCAUGCUGCAGGCUACAUCUGCAGCUGUCCCCCAGGAACCACGGGUUCCCUCUGUCAGGAGGUGAUAGACCAGUGUGAUCCCAGUCCCUGCCAGAACGGGGGCAGGUGUGAGGGCCACGUUGGAGGCCACAGCUGCCACUGCCUCCAGCAGGGUCCUGAUGGAACUCUCUACGGGGGUGUCAACUGUGACGUGAGGCUGGUGGGCUGCGAGGGACACGAAUGCCAGAACCAAGGCUCCUGCUCUCCUUUCCUGCUGGACGGGACUCAGGGCUACACCUGCUCCUGCACCGCCGGGUUCAGCGGACCCCUCUGCGACACCCCCACCACGUUCUCCUUCGAGCGCAGAGGCUACCUGCUGCUUCAGAGUCCCCUGGCGGACGCGGCGGUCUCCUGCAACGUCACCCUGAGCUUCAGGACCGUUCUACCCAGAGCGCUGUUGUUCCAGUGGAGCAACCGGGGCCUGCUGCUGAGCCUGGAGCUGGAGGGAGGGCGGCUGCGUCUCGCUCUGAGGAAGGAGGCUUCUGCCGCGGCUGAAGUGCAGGGCCCCGGCCAGGCGCUGGGGCUCCCACACAGUGUCACGGAUGGAGAGUGGCAUUCCGCGGAGGCCGUGCUCGAAAACUGGGUGCUCAGCCUGAAACUUUUGGACGCCGCCGGCGGCUGCGGGAGCCAGCCGUGCCACAAGGCGGCCACAGUCCAGGGCCCCCUGGUGGGACUGGAGUCGUCCCCCCAGAACACAUUCAUUGGAGGAGUGCUUCAGGACUCAAGCGGCCCCAGUGACGACGGCCCGCUUCCGGCAUUCAUCGGCUGCAUGCGGGACGUGUUCGUGGACUGGCAGCUCGUCGUCCCCGGGGAGUGGCUGAGCGACUCUGCCGUGAAUGUGUCCCUGGGCUGCAGCCACAGAGACCGCUGCCUGGACGCGCCUUGUCAGAACAGAGGGCAGUGUGUCAACCUGUGGCAGAGCUACCAGUGCAGGUGUCCAAGGCCGUACGAGGGGCCGGACUGUGAGGAGGAGCAUGUGACGGCGCGCUUCGGGAACGAGGACUCGCACAGUCACGCUGCGUUCACGGUCGCUGAUGAUCUGGGUCACAGCCUCUUCAUCUCCCUCUUCCUCCGCACACGAAGGCACAGCGGACUCCUCCUGGCGCUGGCUAACAGCAGCAGCGGCGGCGGCGGCGGCGGCGGCCAGUACAUGCAGAUGUGGCUGGAGGGCGGCAGGGUCACGGUGCAGGUCAACGACUCUGAGAGCCUGAGGGCGGAGAGUGCGGUCGACGACGGGGAGGUGCACUUCGUGAGCGUGGAGGUGGCGGAGGGCCGCAUGGCGCUGCACGUGGCCGCCCAGAAACAGGGCGACGUGGAGAUCCGGACAGUCCGUGUCCGAGCGGGAGACACUGUGUACGUGGGAGGCCUGUCGGAGAGCAGGGCCACCUCAGCGUUUGGCGGAUAUUUUAAAGGCUGUAUCCAGGACCUGAGGAUCAAUGACAGCAGGCUGCAAUUCUUCGGGCUGGACACGUCCGUGAGAUCUUACCCUCUGGAGUUCAUGGAGAACGUGACCGCCGGGUGCUCAGGGGACAACGCCUGCAGUAGGAACCCGUGUCUCAACGGGGGGAUGUGCUACUCCACGUGGGACGACUUCACCUGCAGCUGCCCCCCGAGCACCUCAGGGCGGCGCUGUGAAGAGGUCCGGUGGUGCGAGCUGUCCCCCUGUCCCGCAGAGUCAGAGUGCAGGAUGCUGAACCAAGGAUACGAAUGCUAUUCCAGUGCGACCUUCCUGAACGACAGCACUGUCAUGUCCUACCGGGGAAACGGCCAGAUUGUCCGCAAUCUGACCAGCCUCUCCCUGAACCUUCGCACGCGGAGGCGCAACGCCGCCAUCCUGCAUGCAGAGAAGGACUCGGCGUUCAUCACGCUCUCCGUCCAGGACGGUUUCCUCACCGUGGAGCUGCAGAGCACCGCCGCUGCAGAGGAGAGCGAGGCGGAGGGAGGGGAGGGAGGGGAGGCCGUGUCGACGGUCAGCCUCAGCAGCCGGAGGAUCGUCAGUGAUGGCGAGUGGCACAGUGUCCACGUGUUCAUGGCGGCGCCGUGGGCGCACGCCUCCCGCUGGACUCUGUCCCUGGACGAUGACAUAGAGGAAGCGAGCACUUCCCGGAACCAAGGGGGCAACAUGGACUUCCUCAGGCAGGGGGUGGAUAUCUUCCUGGGGGGCCUGGCCCCGGAUGCCGGCUGGUCCCUGGUGGGAUGUCUGGGCACAGUGGAGCUGGGCGGCAUCGCCCUGUCUUACGCCGGCUCCGCCGACGUGAACCUGCCGCGCCUGCAGGCCGAGCAGUUCGUCCGGACGUCGCCGCGCGCGCCGCCCCUCGGCUGCAGCGGGGCCCCCGUGUGCGAGCCCAACCCCUGCCUGAACGGGGGCCACUGCCAGGACCACUUCAACACCUACAACUGCAGCUGCGCCGAGGGCUGGGCCGGCCGGCGCUGCGACUUCUUCACCGACACCUGCGCCCCCGGCCCCUGCGUCCACGGCAACUGCAGCGUGAACGGGCGGACCUACGAGUGCGCCUGUGAGUUUGGCUACGGCGGCGUGGACUGUGAAAACGAGGUGGACGUGUGUGACAACCACCGGUGUGCCCAUGGAGGCACCUGCCUGCACGGGCCAGACAGGUACGCCUGCCUCUGCCCUGAGAACUACACCGGACCCUUCUGCAACGAACGCACUGAAGAGAUUCCGUGGUACAUUGUUGUCAGAAAAGUGCGACCCAAGCUGCCGGUGUCCGUGUGCGGCGACGACACCAGAAACUACACCUGCUUCAACGGCGGCAACUGCACCGACCGAGAGCUGUCGUGUGACUGUCCACCGGGCUUCACCGGACACCGGUGUGAGCAGGAGGUGGACGAGUGCCAGUCCAACCCCUGCCUGAACGGGGGCUACUGCCGCAACCUGGUCAACAAGUUCGUCUGCAUGUGCGACAUGAGCUUCGCUGGAGACACGUGCCAGAUGGACCUGACCUCUGAGGGUUUGACCUCUGACCUCUUACUGUCCAUCGGUCUGGCGUCAGUCGUCCUGCUGCUGGCCUUCGUCCUGAGCUCGGUGGGACUGGUGGUGGCGCUGAACCGCCGCGCCACCCGCGGCACCUACAGCCCCAGCCGGCAGGAGAAGGAGGGAUCGCGGGUGGAGAUGUGGAGCAUCACCCAGCCGCCGCCCGUGGAGAGACUGAUAUGAGAGGCAGACGGGGGGGGGGCGGCGGUCGCCACACGCAGGGCGAUGACCGCGUCCUCGAAGUUAUUCAGGAAACACACCUGAUAUCAUGUACGUACAUCAGGCUCAAAUGGUGAUCGAAUAUCUGGGUUGUGCAUGGAACCAGGGUUUUUCAUGUCGCUGUAACUCCACUCUGACAUGACGGCUUUCUUUCAUCACUUGCAAAUACAAAUGCUGGAAGUCUGUAAAAUCCUUUGUGGGGAAAAAAAAAACAGAAGAAAGAAAGAUAGCCCAGUGCUCGGAGCAGGCCCCACAGCACAGGUCAACUCAGCGCCUGCUCCGGCCACUACAGGGCCUUCAUGUGUGCCUGGAAUGCCUCACAAGUAGAAAGUAAGUCGUUUUUUUCAAAAUAUCUUAUAUUAUGUCAUUAGUGAUUGUACAAAAACACAAUAUUAUAUUAACAGACUGGCCACUGCCUCUGACAGAUUGACGCAGCUGCAACUCAUAGGGUGCGUUUGAGAUUUACAGUACAGUAGGUGUGUGAAUGAUCAGGCAUGGACAAUAAUCAGGAGUAUUGGCAGCGCUGAGGUGGGUGGAGCCCCCCCCCGGAUCAGAUUAUGUUUGAGGGGACCAAUAAAGACUUGUGUUUCAUCCAUCUCCCAGAGAUGUUUGGCACCUGGCGUCACCUUCCGGCUGAACAUCAUCCGUCUACACGCAAAAGAUUUUGAGCUCAGGAAGUAUCGAGUCUCUCAAAUCUCUGUGUCCAUAUUCUUGGAGUUGAUGGACCAGUGAGGACUCACAGAAAAAAAAAAAAAUCAUCUCACACACACACACACACACACACACACACACACACACACACACACACACACACACACACACACACACACACACACACACACACACACACACACACACACUUUGUCUUAAAACCUCAUCCGGAAACAAGCGGAAUGAGUGACAAUAUUAUGACAAUGUAUGUAUUUAUUAUAGGUAAUUCUUUGUGUAUUACGUGUCUAUACAGGAUCAUUUUCACCGUCGUCGAGAACAGAUUUGUGAACCGUCAGUAACGAGAACUGUCCAGGCUCAGUUCUAAUGUUGAUUGUGUGUGCUGACCAUUCCCCUUUAUUAUUAUUUUGAAAAAUGUGAAUUUUAUUUUGUAGCUUUGUCGGCAAAAUGUCUGUAAAAUCCUCCGGUUAAUUAAAGUCAAUUUUAUUUGUUUUUCUUUUUUUGUCUACAAAGUGUUAAUGCAUUUAGGAUCGGUGUAAUGAAUCGAUCCACAAAUAUGUGAGCACUAAUCAAAAGAGAUGAUGAAGAUGCUGGAGCUAGAUAAUGUAAUAAAGUUUAAAGUAUCAAACAAAUUUGCCCAAAAGAUGAACAACAGAGUUCAGGGGCUCUGGUUUGUCCGACCACGUGAACUGUUAUUACACAAUAAACCACAUUAGGCAAUUUUGUAAAAUAAAAUGCAAGUUUCCUCCCCCACAUAUUAUGAUUCUACCCGCUGAUACACAAAAAAGAUUCCAGUGAUGCAUAAGACUGAAACAGUGUCAUUUAUUUUGAGUUCACAGUGCAUACAUCACGUGCAGUUGAACCAUGUUACUCGUCAAUAGCACAUCAUCAGAUUGACCUCCGUUGAGUUCUCGAUGAAAACAUGCGUUCGAGCACAGAAUCAAGGAAAUCAGUAAAUGGCAAAGAAGAGCAGGGUCAAGUCAUCGUUCAGAAACACCCACAACAGGAAAUGACACUAAAGAAGUCGCUGGCCUUGGUAAAGUCCAAACCAUCAUAGUUUGUCUGUAAAACAAAAAAAAGCUGCUACGUCGUCCGUCCCGCUCACUCCAGAUUUUCUAUUUCAGGGACACUUAUACUUACUAUAUGUUUAUUGAUAACUCUUACUAAACACCAUAUUGUUGGAGUAUUGGGCUUCUUUAGUUGUCACAAGCGUUUUAGACAUUGAAAUGCAAAUCCCCUGACAAUCAUUUCUGUUUUUCACCCUUGUACAUGAGUGUAAACAGGAACAGAGCUACUGAAGCUCUUCACAUCCGCCUCCACUCAAUUAUCUCUCCCGAAAAACCUCUAUGGCUAAAUGUAAUGGUUAAAGAAAAAAAGGAAAAAGGUAGAAAUGAUUUCCUCUACGUACCAUGAAAGGCAGAUGACGUUUAAAGUCUACAUUACCCGUGGCAAGGCAGAACAAGUGUCAUGUUCAUCCCCAACGUAUUUUGAUCUGAUGGAAGUGCUCAACGCUGAAAUGAUAAUUAAUACCUAAAGAAAAAGAUCACAUGGGUUAAACAGAACACAACACGUACAGGUCCGGACAUGCAGACACGACGGGGAGCGUUGUGCCGUGGACAAGUGUCAGUCUCUGUCGGAUGCUUCUGAACUCCAACGGCUACAUGGGACAUUUCCGUUAUUAUUCUUUCUCUAUAUUUCUUUUCUUCAAAAAUAAAAUCUAAAACAUUCAAAUAUUAGGCGUCUUUUCUUGGUUUCUUUUUUUUUUUUUUUUUUUUUUUU